UGACCCAAGACCUGGAGGAGAGGGCUCGAAUUAUGAAGAUGAAGAUGAAACUUGCACAACAGGGUCAAGGGAUGGCCAUGACCCACCCAGAUAUUGAGUCACGAUUGAUGAGGCGUGACCACCGAGGAGAGAUGAUGGACAGGGGCCAUGAUCGCAGCAUAUCUCAUGAUCGCGUGGAGCGAAUGAGAGAACGAGCCAUGGAGAAGAAUUAUGAAAGAGGAAGAGAUAUAGAGAGGAGCCACCAUAGGUCACGAAGGCACAAAGAGUUUAGUCCCGAUAUGUCAGAUGAUGUCGCUAGUGAUGUCUCUGAAACCAGUGAUAUGUCAGAGGUCAGCAAGGUCAGCACAAUCAGUGUCAGGUCAACCCAGUCUGAGCGGCCACGUAGAAAACUCAGUGAAUUCGCCUCAAAGAUGGAGAGCAGAACAACAAUACCUCAGCGUCGAGUUCAGGCCGUUCGAACUUCCAGCAAUGAAAGCCAAGAAAAUGAUGGAAGUGUGUCUGACUCUGCCGUGACAACAAGUGUUACUGAGGGCAGAAAGCGACGACCAAGUAUCGGACACAAGAUGGCAGCACUAGUGGGGUUGAACAGGAGGAGCAGCAGUGCCACACAGCUAGCGGGUGGGGGUAGAAAAAUGAGCUCAUUCCAGAGGAGUGAAGAGAUUGGUCCCAUUGAUCUGAGAGGAGGGAUGUCCAAACAGGCAAGCAAGGACUCGACAGAUGGGAGUAUUGGCAGUAUCAGCAGUGACUCUUCCAGCGUUCUGUGGCUGCCAGCAAGUCUGCGCCUGGGGCCCGACGGACAGUUUGGGGAGUUUGUGGAUGGACUAGGCCCCUCACAGCUGGUGGGCAGGCAGGUUCUUGGAGCACCAUGUCUAGGGGAGAUACAGCUAGGCCUCUAUGACCGCAAGGGUCACCUAGAAGUAGAGGUUAUCAGAGCCAGAGGUUUAAUGUCGAAGCCUGGAGCCAGGGUUUUGCCAGCCCCAUAUGUCAAGGUGUACCUGAUUGAAGGCAAACAUUGUGUGGAGAAGCAGAAAACAACGACUGCCAGAAGAACUCUGGACCCUCUCUACCAACAGCAGCUGUUCUUUAGUGAACCCUACCACAACCGCAUUUUACAGGUGACAGUGUGGGGAGACUAUGGUCGCAUGGACAAGAAAGUCUUCAUGGGCGUUGCCCAGAUCUUGCUUGAUGACCUCGACUUAAGCAACAUUGUGAUUGGCUGGUACAAAUUAUUUCCAACCUCGUCGUUAUUUGGCCACCACUCGUCGAGUACCACAGGCUUGUCCCAGACAGGCCUGGGUUCCUCCACAUCACUAGAAACCUUGAUGUCCCGAACAUAG